AUGGAGUUCCCGAAGGUCUUCCCCAGCCAGCGGACCUUCCUAUCUUCCAUCUUCAGCAUGCUGUCACUCAGCCACUCCACAACAUCCCUGCACAGCAGCUACUGGUUUGUGGACACACCAAAGGUGCCCAAGCCCCUGUGCAGAAAAGAUCUGGCAACCAAGUGCUUUGGCAUGCCGAUGUCCUUGGUUGGGAACAACACCAACACAUCAACCCAGGAGAUGGUGCAGUACUGCUGGGAGACUAGGGAUGAUCAGCUCUCCUUCCACCCCUUCCAGAGUGGCAUGUGGCUAUCCUGUGAGGAAACCAUGGAAAACCCAGGGGAGAAAUACCGAAGUUUCUUUGAACUCACACCACCAGCCAAGAGAGAAACCCUCUGGCUAUCAUUGGGAGCCCAGAUCACCAACAUUGGACUUCAAUUCACCAGCUUCUGCCUGCUACUAAUGGACUCGCUGUUCACUGGGAACCCUGGCUGUGACCUCAAGCUGAGCGCCUUUGCUAUUUCCUCUGUAUUGUCAAGUCUUUUGGGGAUGGUGGGCCACGUGAUAUAUUCACCAAUUUUCCAGGCAACUGCCAACUUGGGUCCAGAGGACUGGAAGCCACAUGAUUGGAAUUAUGGCUGGGCCUUCUACACGGCCUGGGUUUCCUUCACCUGCUGCACGGCAUCUGCUGUCACCACCUUCAGUACUACGUAUACCAGGACAGUGCUGGUGGAGUUCAAGCGCAGGCACCGGACGAGCUUCAAAGAAAACCCGAGUCGCCUCCCACAUCACCACCAGUGUUUCCUUCAGCAGCUGCCAUCUGCAGCCCACCUCAGGGGGCCUUCGACCGGCUGCCACCACUACCAAAAUCAGUCCAUCCGCUCCAUCUCUGAAGGCGUUGACUUCUACUCAGAGCUACAAAACAAGGGAGUUCAGCACGGGACGGGCCAGGAGAGGAAAGAAGAGGUCUCCGCUGGGUCAUCUAUAGAGGAAGUGCAGUGUUAG